AUGACUGAAAGAGUUGAGGAGAUUUCAUUCACUGCGACGCCACCACCAUUUCCCGGAGACAACGAGUCUGAGUCAGUGACGCUGGUACGAAAGGCUGAUCCGACGAAGGAACCUGGCGGUAUUGUGAGGAUCGCCUUGAUUAUUGGUAUCAGCAAAUCUAUCGUCUGGCCAAAGCUUGGAGACUACAUUAAGACUUCCACAAUGAGGGCUGGCGAAAGGGCUGCGAUGGAGUAUGCGACUACUCUAUAUGCUAAGGGAGUGCUAGAGCGCUGCACCAUUCGCGUUUACAUGGGUACCGACGAGACAGUCUUCAAAUUCGUCGGUGAUCCAAAAAGUCUCUUUCCAGAAGUCAGAGCACUCCCUGGUCCACAUGAUCUGGCGAUACAAAGCGAUCCAACAACCCAAGACCCCGUGAUGGACGGAAGUCUAGAAAAAGAUUUUAACCUUAAGGUUUCGCUUCUACCAAAGCACGAUCUUAUGGGUUCGGAGAGUCAAUUUCAAGCCGUCAAAAAAUAUGUGGCUGAAAAAGCCAAGACCAAAUUACCAGACGAACUACGACCACAGCUUAUAAUGGUCGCUCACAUGACAGCACAAAUGUUUCUCACCACCAACUUUCCCGAGUGCGAGGUCUCAGACGAGGGUCCCUUCCCAGUUGUCCAACCCGAUGGAACCAUGACUUUAGAUCUGGAUACACGUCUCAUGGUAGCGCGAGAUGACAAACAGGAAGUCGUGGCAGCGAUGAACAUUGUUCCUUACCCCGGCCCCGAAGCAAGUCUUUUUGGCGAUAAGAAUUGGUUGGAUACGCCUGAGAUGAAGGAGGCUGAUGAUAGAUUGCUUCGACUGUUGAAAAAGUGUGAGGAGAGGAUGAAGCAGUUUACUUGGGGGUGA